AUGGUCGGCAACAAGCACAAGAAUGGCAUCGUCUGCACGUUCCCGCAUUGCAAUAAGACCAUGCGCACGCAAAAGUUCAAGAUGCACUUCAUGCGGGCGCAUUUGAGGGACGGAGAGGAUUAUUCCGUCGAGCACCGACGGCAGUACGAAGUGGCGAGAGAAGAGACUGCUCGACAGUUCAAGCCCCACAGUGGCUCAAUUACUGCCUCGCCUGUGCUACUUCCAAUGGGAACGACGACGAUGUUAAGAGAAGAGGCGGUCUCUGGCCUGAAAACGUCGACCUUAAACUCUACAGGUGCACCCGUAGGUGAGGAGGCCCCGACGUUGCACUCAAAGCAAGGAGCUGCAAGUGUAAAGCAGAGUCAGCAGCUGCCACUGCCCAUUCAGGCGGAAGUGGUGGAUGUUAAGCAAGAAGAAAGGUGCGUCCCUUCAAGUACUAAAACGACUGGUUCCUGUCUUCCAGUGAAUGGACAGAGUUUACCAUCAGGGGAGCAAGCUCGAGGCAGCAAACGCUCAGCAUCGGCGAUGGAAUUAUCUGCCGAAUCGGUAGAUCCAGCAAGCACGUUGUUGAUGCAGUUUAUUGCACUCAUGGAUCAGCGUUUUCAGGAGCUCGUGGGCAAGAUGGGCGAAAUGAUUGACGUACAGAAGGAACUGAUUGACACCUUGCAGGCCAGUAACCCACAUGGGCAAGCACCAGCGUCAGCGUUCUCGCAUGCUAUUGAUGUGGUCAUGAAACGACGCAAAGAAAACACAAAACCUUUUGAUAAGGAGAAUGCUGGUAAAGACUUUACUGCCCGAAGCCCUAGCGACACGGAUGCUAACGGACAUUCUAGCAGCGGCUUUGAGUUGUAA